AUGGGAACCAGUCAAGUGCCCUCGCUGGCUGCGAUGUCCAUGUCGGCGUCCCCUCAAGCCUCUCCGGCAUCCAACGCGUCAGCACCAGCUGCAGCCGACGAUUGCCUGAUGUCUCAUUCCAACAAUACGGUCUUCACUGCCCUGUUCAAAAAUGGCCGUGUCCUGGGCAUUCCCUGCGGCAGUCAGAUCACUUGGAAGUCGACUUCACGCGGCCCCGCGAUACCUACCUCGCUCCAGCCGACACUUUUGCAGCGGACGGCCAUGCACACUUCUUGGAUUGACCGCUUCCCCUUUCCGCUCAUGCGCGAUAACUUCAUCAGGUUGAAUGCCGUCAUUGACGAAGAGGAGUUUCUGAGUUGCCUCUUCGACACCCAUAGCUUCACCAUUGUGCCCGGCACCAUGAGCUGGGACCCAAGUGGCUGGAUCAUUGGUAAGGAAUUUAGAGAGAAAUGGGGAUUUUUGUUCUACUAA